AUGGCUGGAAUCCAUGUCGAUCCCGAAGCUGACAAUAUAUCCAGUGGCAUUGGUCUGGCGACUGGUCUUUAUCUGCACAAGCCGGAAUAUAAUAACAAUGUCGUGGCUGUAGACAUAAACCCCAAUCCGCCUGACGCCCGUGAGCUUGCAAACUCGCCAAGAUUUCUCUACGUGCAAUGUGAUGUGCUGUCCUGGGCAUCACAACGAGCUGCUUUCGCCGCUGCGGCAUCAAAGUUUGGCGGCAUCGAUCACGUCUUUGUGAACGCAGGGCUUGCAGAAGUCGGCGAACAGAUCUGGACGGAUGUCUACGACAAGAAUGGCCAGCUUCAGGAACCUGUUCGAGCUACAAUAGACGUGGACAUUCGCGCGGUUGGAGAUAGUCUCAAGCUUGCCAUGUACCAUUUACGAAACGAUGGCAAGGGUUCGAAGAAAGGCAAAGGUGGCAGCAUUGUCAUGACUGCUUCACUAGCAGGCUACCUUGCCUCUGCCGGCGCGCCACUCUACUCCGCUGCCAAACAUGGCGUCGUUGGCUAUCUCCGUGCGCUGAAAGGCGAUUGUGCAAAGAACGGUAUUGCCAUCUCUGUCAUCGCCCCUGGCAUUACUCUCACCCCGAUCAUUCUCGGACGCCGGGAAGGUCAGAGUCUGGAGGAUUGGGCCAAAGACAUGUCUGGGAGAGGUGUUCCGAUCAACACUGCAGAGACCAUUGGGCUAACAGUCGCAAAUCUUAUGGGCCAAGGGAUGAAAGCUAACGGUUCUGGCGUCCUGAUACAAGCAAACAGGAUGCAGGAAUUGGAAGGCGGCAUAGCCAAGAGUCGGCAGCAAUGGAUGGGCAAAGAGAUGCUUGACCUGUUCAGAGGUGGCAGGAAGGCACCGCUAUUUCCUAAUAAGCUGUAA